CCACCCAGCCACCGCUCCCAUCCAAGGCUGAGCAGCAAGAGGAGGUGGCUGCACCCAGCUCUGUCUGACCCGGGGGUCUGGCACAACUGUGGGCUCUGCCUCUGGGUCAGGCUCUCAAUGGCCCUGGCUGCAGUGGUGGUCUGGGGCUUCGCCAUCACGAGCCUCGUGCUGCCUCUCCUGCUCCUCCUCUGCUCCUUCUUCCACAGGGAAAAAAAGAAGUUUUCUAGCCUGAAAAUGAAGGAAAACCCUGGGGUUGAUGGAAUGGUAAAGCUCUCAAGGCUGGACUACAGCGACGGGAGAGCUGCGCUGCCAGGAGGCACCUCCUCUCCCGCUGGGCCCUGGCAGCAGGCAGAUGGCCCCGUGGUGCCUGGAGAUUCAGAUAACCCAGCUGUGGAGGACCCUGGGCUGCACAGGCCAGGCCACACACCCCAUUCCCAAGCACUGUCUGGACCAGCCUCGAGGACCCCUGAAUUUUUGCGGCACCGGCAGCUGCCGGUUCUGCCUGGGGAUGCCAGCACACCCGUAGUGGACUCUGUACAGGAUGCCGAGGGACGAAUCUAUGAAAGCAUCCGAUAUAAAUCCAGGACGCUAAGAAACCCUUUGGAUGCUGGCAGCACCCCAGGAGACUCCCCAUCCCUGCCCACCAAGGACAAACCAAGCAUCCCCACGCUGGAGGACAUUGCCCUGGUGGAACUGGCCAGUGAGGGGAGCCCCGGCCCCGUGUACGCCCAGGUAUGCAAGAUGCCCCGGUCACCCCAGCAACCCACCAGCCUCUCUGAACCUGAGGAAGAAGCACCUCCAGCACUGCCAGAAAAGCGGUUUGAUGUGGUAUAGAAUGCCCUGGAGAUGUUUUGGAACUGCUACAAGCAUGGCUGGUCCAUGCAAGCUCCAUGGAGGGUUUUCCCGGCUGCGGGCAGGCAUGAGCAGCAGCCUUGAAGAGCUGCCUACUCUCUCCCCAACUCAGACAUUAAGCAUAGAUGGUCCAGGUCAUCCACCAGCAUCCAGUGCAAGGCUCCUGGAAUGUCCCUCUGGGAUAUCCCCAUUGCUGGGGGGCCCGUGGGGUGACCCUCAAGUGGGGUUGGCCUAAGGAAAACCACAGAACUAAAACACGUGGUUAUUUUUUGGAGAAGCACCAAAACCAAUCAAAAAAUGACUUCCACGCGUCAUCCAUCUGGGAUCCCCUUGGAAAAAUCACCUAUAGCAUGGUCGUGCUUCCCAGGAGUGAGAAUUGGUGGAUAGGGAGCUGUGUAAAUAGUCCUUAAUUGUUAUUUUAAUAAUUUUUUAAUGGGUGUGCUGUGCCCUGCUUCAUCCCUGGGAUGUUUUGGAUAGGCUCUGCUGUGGUGACAAGCAUCCUGCAGCCAGGGGACGGGCAGGCCUGGGGACAGCAGACACAUUCUGCUGGAUCUUAGGUGAGGGCUGGUCUGACAGAGCGGUGGAUCUUGGCUUAUCCCCACCUGCCCCCAGCCUCCUGGGGGCCUGGAGGGCAGUAUGCAAUGGGAGCAGUGGGUACGUGAUGUGACUGAGAUAAAGCUGUUGUGCCUACCCCCAGGAUGUCCCUGAACCUCUGCUGCAGCUGUAACAAUCCAUCUGCCCAGACGCCUCCAUGGGGAGCAGCACAGCCCCAUCGCCCCUUUCUCCUCACUUUCUGCCACUCUCUCAUUCCCAUUUGAUGGCAGAUUCUCAAAGCAGGGAGAGCCAAGGAGAACCCUUGCCCCCACCCCACCACCGAGACAGGACAGUCUGGCUGCUCCCACCUCCCAUCUCCCACCUCUCCAUCACAGCAGAUCCUCUAUUCCCUCUGUCUCUCACAAUCUAAAACUCCAAAGCAGCCUGGGCUACAACCCCAGCCACUCCUCCUUCUCCUGUUUUUCCUUCUGAGCUCUGCAUCCCAGCAAAACCCUGAGCUGUGUCCCACCAGGAUGUGGCAUCAUCCCCCCAGUCUGCCCACUGGGCUUUUCUUCUCCCUUCCCACAUCCGCCCCCACCAGCAUCAAUGCUGGUGGCCUACGUGCCAUGGGACACAGCAGACAAGGCAGAGAGGAGACUUUGCCACUAAGCGGUGGCUUUACUGGGGCUGAGUCAGACAGAAUUAGGGAAAAAAAAGGGGAUUUCACUUUAAAGAGGAAAAUAAAAAAAGCCACCAAAAAAAAUAGCCUGGAUGUUAUUCCUGGCAUAGGAGCCAGGGCCGUUGCUAUUUUCACUUGUUGCUAGUUGGAAGCGUGCUGCUGCAAUCGGUGGGAUGAGUCAUCUCGGCACAGCCACGGCACGCUGGGUGCCGCUUCAGUGAGGCAAGGUUGGGUGGCUCGGAGGUGUCUGUUCACCUGGGCCACGGCUCUGCCCGCAGAGCCACCACUCCUGUCAGCACCAGGAGGUGCUGCGUUUGAGGCAAUGGAUAACUGACCCUGGCAUGGUCCAGGUUGGCAGGGUCUAUAUUUUCACCUGCCUUCCAAUAUGCUUACCUGCCUCACUACAUACUCAUCCACCUUCCUAUAUGCUCACCUGCCCUCCUAUGUGCUCAUCAGCCUUCCUAUACACCUACCUGCCUUCCUAUAUGCCCACCUGUCUUCCUAUAUGUUCUUCUACCUUCCAACACACUCACCUGCCUUCCUCUCCAGUCCUCUGCUUUCCUAUCCAUAGGUACUGUUGGUGUCAGCCCUCCCAAGCCACAGAGGCACCUCCACGUGCAAGCAGUGGGUUAGGUGCAGCCGUAUCCCAUUCCUCGCCAUCUACAGCCCUAGAGAGAGACAUUAAACAUUGAGAGUAGUGGGAAAAGUGGUGUCUUUCUCAGCAGAAUUCUAUUCUUGCAUAGGAUUACAGAAUCAUUAAGGUUGGAAAAAACCUCUAAGCUCAUCCAGUCCAACCAUCAGCCCAACGCUGCCAUGCCGAAUAUAUCAUGUCCCACAGUGCCACAGCCACACAGUUUUUGAACCCUUCCAGGGAUGAGGACUCCACCAGUGUCCUGGAUAGCUUCUGACAGGGCUUCACCACUCUUUCAGUAAAAAAAUUGUUCCUAAUGUCCAAUUUAAACCUCCCCUGGUGCACCUUGAGGCCAUUUCCUCUCGUCCAUCCCUUGUUCCUUGGGAGAAGAGACCAGCACCCACUUCGUUACAACCUCCUCUCCAGAAGCUGCAGAGAGCGAUGAGAUCUCCCCUCAGCCUCCUCUUCUCCACACUAAACAGCCCCAGGGCUUCAGUUACUUCACAUAUCACUUGCACUCCAGACCCUUCCCCAGCUCUGUUCCCCUUCUCCAGACGUGCUCCAGCCCCUCAAGGUCUUUCUUGGAGUGAGGGGCCCAAAGCUGAACCCAGGAUUCAAGGUGUGGCUUCACCAGCACUGAGUGCAGGGGGACGAUCCCUUCCCUACUCCUGCUGGCCACCCCAUGGCUGAUCGAAUCCAGGAUGGUGUUGGCGUUCUUGGCCACCUGAGCCACUGCUGGCUCAUGUUCAACAACUGUUCACCAGCACCUCAGGUCCCUUUUCCUUCCCAGCCUCUCUUCCCCAAGCCUGGAGCACUGCAUGUGGUUGUUGUGACCCAAGUGCAGGACCUGGCACUUGACCUUGUUGAACCCUAUCCAACUGGCCUUGACCGAUGGCUCCAGCUUGUCCAGAUCCCUCUGCAGAGCCUUCCUGCCCUCCAUCAGAUCAACACUCCCACCCAACUUGGUGUCAUCUGCAAACUGACUGAGGGAGCACUCAAUCCCCUCAUCCAGAUCAUAGAUAAAGAUAUUAAACGGAACCAGCUCUGGUGCUGAGCCCUGGGGACUCUGCUUGUGACCAACCACUGAUGGGAUUUGCAUCUGGCUCAUGGAGAGAAGCUCACUGGAAAAACACACUCCAGGGCGAGAGACAACCCGCAGGCCAGGUGUUAGGGACUUUCUUUACCUGCCGCCCAGAGGACAAGCUGGUUAAUCAUUAAUUUUCUAUUUCAAAUGAAACAGAGUGAAGGAAGGAGGGCUGGCUGGGUGAGAAGCCCGGGAAUGCACAGAAGGGCGCGUUGAGAAGGGCGCAUUGAGAUGGAGACAGGCAGGCCCAAGAAGAAACGUCUGUGAUCCUAAAAUCCCACUCAGGGAGCAGCGCUGAAAUCUCAUCUGCUGUCAGCAGGCACCAGGAGAGGACAAAUCCUGCUGGUGUCACAUGUGCCCAGGCAGAGACCGCCAAGCCCUCUCCUCUGCCUCAGGUGGAAGAUCUUUGUAGAGUGCUCCCAGCCCUGGGACCUCUUGGAAAAGAUGAGAUCCAGGACAGGACAAGUUUUUGCUGACAUCCCCCAUGAAGGGUCUUCCAGAUCUCAGCAACCUGUAGGUCAGUAAUUGAGCCAGCCAGAAGUGACAGCUGUGGAUUUAAGAACCCUUGGUGGACUUUUCUUCCAUCUCUCUGUUCCAUGAGUUUCUGGAGCCCUGCAAAACUUUCACACCUGGAACAUCCUGCGGCAAGGAGAUCCAAAGCUCUACAGAGGACCAAGAUGAAAGGCUCCGCAUGGUUUCAGACUUGCUGCAAAUCAUUAUUCCACCUGGUAAAGGAAAAUUCACUGCCUCCAAGCCACUCACCAUCCUAUAAACCUCUGCCACACUCCUCCUUCGUUUCCUUCUGUCUCACCAGUGACACAGUUCAUGCAGAUUACUGUUUCCCCCUCACAUCAGAGUGGAUUCAGCUUUUUCUUGUGGAGGAGCUCCUCCACACCUCUGAUUGUCUUCAUCACAUUCUUCAAACAACAAUUUUCCCUCACUGAGACGCAGUAGAGGAGCUCCAGCUUGCGUCCAGUGAUCUGACACAUGGUAGCAGAGCCAUGCUCCUUAUCCUGAAUGCUCUGGCUUUUGUCCUAGGAGUUCUGUAUCUCACCAGCUUGGAUUCAGCUUCCAAAAGAAACCAAGCUCAGAUGUAAGAUGGAGCUCAUGCCUGGUGCGCUUGGCUGAGGGCUUUGUGUAAACCUGGAGGUUGCUGCUCUUGCAGUGAAAGCAAAGUGAAAGCAAAGAGUUGAUAAUGAGGAAAGCAAAGGAAAGGGGGGGGAAAAAUAGGCCAGUGUUUCAGAAAAACAAAAAAAGUAGAAGGCAGCAAAGAGCAGAAAAGGAAACCUUGCAAGUGUCUUUUCCCCCUCCAGGAUUCUCCUUGGUCUGUGAAGAGAAGGGGAGAUGGAGCCCAUGAGUCUGUUCACACAGCCACGCUUGUCUCCUGGAGAAGUCCGUGUGACUCUGGCACCGAGCAAAUCUCUUCCCUGGUAAGAGCAGGAGACAGGCUGUGAGCUGUCUAAUGCAGCUGUGUGUUUCCUAAACAGCCUUAAGAGGCAUAUGCACUCCAAAAAAGCUGGUUAUCGCUGAGUUUCAACACCUCCACGAAAGCCAGGAGCUGUGACAAGCAUUUAAAAGCACCAUUUCCUCUGGCAAAACAUGUCUGGGGUGCUUACACCACGAUUCAGAAACGCGGGUUUUGGGACAAGCUCUGUAAUGCAAGAGCGAGUUCCACUUCCCUAUAGGCAUCCCAGCAGCAGAUGGAGUGGGAUCCAGGAGUCUUCACUCCCUUCCCCCCUCCCGGCUUCAUCAGCAGCUUGUUGAGACGAGCCAGUGCUGGCUGCUGUGGACUUGGCAGCGAGGGAGCAGGGAGCCUUGCCCAGGUUUGUCUGGGCGAGUUCCCAGGUUGUGCACAGCACAUUGAAGAUAAAAUACACUAUAUUUGUUGUCCACUUGUAAUUUGGGGAACAAGAAGGUGCUGUAACCGUGCAGGAACACCAAUAUAGAGUGUAGGCACAGCUGACACACAGUGCUGGGGGGAUGAAGGAUAACGAUGAGCAGACAUAGAAUCAUAGAAUGGUUUAGGUUGAAAUGGAUAUUAGAGCCCAUCCAGUUCCAAUCCCCUGCCGUGGGCAGGGACACCUCCCACUGGAUCAGGUUGCUCCAAGACCCAUCCAGCCUGGCCUUGAACACCUCCAGGGAUGGGGCAGCCAGCACAUCUCUGGGCAACAUGGGCCAGGGCCUCAGCACCCUCAUUGUGAAGAAUUUCUUCGUAAUGUCUAAUCUAGAUCUUCCCCCUUCCAAUUUAAAGCCAACUCCCCUCGUCCUGUCACUCCACGCCCUUGCAAAAAUCUCCUCCCCACCUUUCCUGGAGCCCCUUCAGAUACUGGAGGGCUGCUCUAAGGCCUCCCUUGACCCUUCUCUUCUCCAGGCUGAACAAGCCCAUCCCUCUCAGCCUGUUCUUGUAGCAGAGGUGCUCCAGCCCAUGUAUCAUCUUCGUGGCCUCCCCUGGACCUGUUCCAACAGUUCCAUAUCCUUCUUAUGCUGGGGAUUCCAGAACUGGACACAGGGCUCCAGUUGGGGUCUCACCAGAGCAGAGUAGAGGGGUAGAAUCCUCUCCCUCACUCUGCUGUCCACGCUUCUUUUGAUAUGGUUGACGAAAACUGGAAGGAAAUCCAAGGAGGAGCUCAGAAGUCCCUGCAUGAUUUUUGAGGUGAUUCCUUCUCAAAUGACCUUUGGCUGAUUGGGCUCAGUCAGUGACCUGUGAGAGAAGAGGACCCUGGCCUGAGUGGUUACUGGCUUUGGAGGUUUUGCUGUUACAUUGCCCAUCUAAAUGCUGGUUUUUUCAGACUAUCAGGGAGCAUAUGUAUCCCAUUCCCAAACAUUUUCCUACUUGCAUAAGAAAAAGCAAUUUUUUAAGGUGCAAGUGAGGGGUCUCCAUGGGCCUUAGUCACACGGAGCCUGAAAAAAAAGCACCAUGGCAUUGGUUUUUCCUCUAACAGUGCUGUAUCAUGCGAAAAAGAAAAAGAUGGCUUGCCACCUUUUUUUCUACUUUAAGAACUCAUUGCAUCAAGUAGGGGCUGAGGGCAAACAGCUGCAAGCAGGACGCAGGCAGUGGAGGCAAUCGGGAGAUCUGCAGCUGGGCCAAGGGCUCUGCAAUCCUCCUCCAGCACUCACACCUCCUCCUUCCACAGCUCCCUCUGAAAACCAGGAGCAGAGGAGGAGCGGGCCUAUGGUGCCAGCAGUGCUAUUUGGAGCCCCCCAGCCUGCUGGGCUUCAUUACCGCUGUUUACAUGGUUCUUUCCUGUUUCCUUUUUUGUAUUACAACUGGAAAUCCCGAGCGCAGCCAGGCUGCUGUUGAGCGCUCCUCGCAGCUGCGCCACGAAACAUAAACAGCUGGGGAGCCCUUUAUUGCACCGUAUAUGGACAAGGAGCCAAAGUCCUUUCUUAAUUUUGAAAUGAACACCCCCCCAAAAUCACGUUUUCUUUUUAAGACAUGCUUACUCCUUGCAGUUUGCUUCAUCUGAGAUAGCUCCACUGACAAGCAUUACCAACUGCUGUUUCCACGUUUCCCUAAAAGCAAAAAGCAGAGGUGCAGCACAGAGCGAGCGUCCAGGACAUCGGUUCCUGCCUUCUGCAAGAAAUGUUGCAGGGUGUUUUGUUUAUAGUGUGGAAAAGAGCCUGGAGGGUGUUUGGAAGGAAGCAAGAUUGCAAACGGCUGAAUUGCAUAACCAGAAAUCACAGCCACGUAUCACCAUCUCCCCUACAACUUCAAAACGACACAGCAGCGGCCCCGAGAGUUCCAGGAUGUACAUGGGUCAGAGCUUCCUCUAUGGGUGCUGACGCGAUGAAAACCCACCACCCCCCUCUGCAAGGAACAGCAUUGCAGAAAGCUUUCCUGACGUCAUGUUUCACUUUGCCAUACGCGGCUUUGGAGCUUGACUUUUCAAGCACCUCCCAGUGUCCUGCUCAGUGUUCAGUACGCUUCUGCAUGGGAGAACAAGCAAAACUACAUUAAAAGAGCUUUAGGAUGAGACCACCAGCACUCAUGUUGGAGAUGGGACCAGGCACGUUGCAAUAAUCAGCUCACCAAAAAGAAUAAAAGAAAGCAAGCUGGGUUUAUUUCACUCUGAAACAACAAACACGUAAAUUAUUCUUUGUGGAUAUCUGCUUCCCUUCUCCCCACACCAGCCCCUGACCACACAACAUCUACUGCAUCGGCUCUGGAUCCGAAAAGGGUUUAUAGCUGGUUCUAAAUCAUAGAUCACAGAGUGGUUUGGGUUGGAAGGCCCCUUAAAGCCCAUCCAGUUCCAAUGCCCUGCCGUGGGCAGGGACACCUCCCACUGGAUCAGAUUGCUCCAAGCCCCAUCCAACCUGGCCUUCAACACCUCCAGGGAUGGGGCUGCCACCACUUCUCUGGGCAACCUGGGCCAGGGCCUCCCCACCCUCACUGGAAAACAUUUCUUCCUAAGAUCUCAUCUCAAUCUCCCCUCUUGCAGGAAAAAAACAUUUCCCCUUGUCCUAUCCCUGCAAUCCCUGACUUCUGUUAAGGCCAGGAUUUUAGGCCAGCACUUGCACCAAUACAGCAUGCGUUUAGUGUUGUACAAGAAGGAGUUGAAGGCAACCAUUAUAGAUGAUGUAACGUCCAAUUUAGAAAGACACGGUGUCUCACCACCGAGUCUCCUUGCUUCCAACAGCCAGCUUGACAGUGCCCACGGGCUCUGAGGUCCUGCAGGAGGAAACACUCCACAAACAAGGAGACAAGCCUGGUUUCCCAAGAGGAUGGUCGUGAUGAGACUUUGAUGAGUGCCUGCACCUUGUACUGUGAGGGCAUGUAGCUCUUCUUCUGCUAGUCUUGGCUGUCAACACUUGAUUUGGGAAGGAGGGCAACGAGCAAUGACUGGUAGGUUGACUUGCAUAAGUCAAGGACAGUUGUAGCUGUCAGAAAGAUGUGCUCCCAUGACUCAGGAAACCCAAAGGGCAGCAGCCAAACUCACAGAGGAACCCUUUUAGGAAAGAGAAUCAUAGAAUAUCCUGAGUUGGAAGAGACACAAAAGGAUUGUUGAGUCCAACUCCUGUCCCUGCAUAGGACAACCCCAACAUUCACACUAUGGGUCUGAGGGCACUGUCCAAAUGGUUCUGGAAUAUUCUCAGGCUUGGCACUGUGGCUGCUUCCCUGGGGAGCUGUUCCAAUGCUCCACCACCCUCUGGGUAAAGAACCUUUUCCUGAUAUCCAACCUAACCCUCCCUAGGCACAUCUUCCUGACAUUCCGUCAAGUUCAUGUUCAACAGAUUAGUUGCUAAAUUUCUCCUCCCCAAAAGUCUUGCACUCAUGAGAUGAGUCUUUUAAAUCAUCUUGUUCCAAAGACUGCAAGAAUUAGCAACUCUGAGCUCUGGAUUUUCCCAGUAUGGAGUUGCCCACAUCAUGGUCCUUUACAAUGGCAAUGAGGUGUAGGAAAAUCUAGUAAAAGCCCUCCUGUUUAUUUGGUUAAUUUGGUGUCAGAGAAUUGCUUGGUUGGAAAAGACCUUUGCAAUCACAGAUUCCAACCAUACCUGUCCACUACUAAACCUCAUCCCUGAGCAGCUCAUCUACCUGUCUUUUAAAUACCUUCAGGCUUGGGCACUCAACCACGUCCCUGGGCAGCCUCUGCCAGUGCUUGAGAGCUCUUUUGGUGAAGAAUUUUUUUCCUGAUAUCUAAUCUGAACCUGCCCUGGUGCAACUUGAGGCCAUUUCCUCUGCUCCUAUCACUUAUUACUUGGGAGAAGAGACCUACACCUACCACUCCAAUCUCCUUUCCAGGAACUGCAGAGAGCAAUGUGGUCUCCCCUCAGCCUCCUCUUCUCCAGGUUAAUCAGAGUUCUUUUAGCCGCCUCUCAUAAGACUUGUUCUCCAGAUCCUUCACCAGCUCCGUUCCCCUUCUCUGGACAUGCUCCAGCACCUUCUUGUGGUGAGGGGCCCAAAAGUGAACACAGUAUUUGAGGUGCGGCCUCACCAGCACCAAGUACAGGGACACAAUCGCCACCCUGGUCCUGCUGUCGGUGGCUUGGCUCUGAUUCAUCUCCUAUCAAAAUAAAAUGGAUGAUAUUAAUAGAUUUGAAACGUCAGUUAAGCCGUUUAUCCUGAGCUCAUGUAUUCAGAAAUGAAUAAUCUCUUGAGGUCAAGGGACAGAGGCCAAAGCAAAGUGCCAGACAGAGCAGUGGGUGGGUAAACCUGAACCAAACUUAUUCAACUCGUCAGCAUUGCUGGACUCAAACUAACAUUUAAUAUUAAUUGCAAUUAAAGCUGUUAGUAAUGGUCAUCCUGUGGAUAUUGAGGGGGUUUUUUAUGUAUGGCAUUUUUCUUUCCAUCAUGUUUUUUCUCCCCUCUAUUUUAAAUGUUGCACAAUUAAUUAAGAACUUGGGUGUGUUGCUCACAUUGCAUACAUUGCAAUGCUGGAAACACUACACAGAGAAUGGGUGAAAAACAACCACCAGAAAUAUGCAUUUCUUAGUUCUACCAGCAUAAAACAGGCUAAACAACCACUGAGCAUUUUAAACUGGAAUUUUUCACUUAUUAGUUCAUGGAGAUCCAUAGAAUCAUAGAAUCAUAGAAUCACUUGGUUGGAAAAGACCUUUGAGUUUAUUGAGUCCACCCAUAUCUGUCCACUACUAAACCAGACCCCUGAACACCUUGUCUGUCCAUUGUUUAAAUCCCUCCAGGGAUGGGGACUCUACCACCUCCCUGGGCAGCCUCUGCCAGUGUCCAAGAACCCUUGCCCUGAAGAAAUUUUUCCUGGUGUCUAAUCUGAACCUGCCCUGGUGCAACUUGAGGCCAUUUCCUCUCAUCCUCUCCCUUGUCACCUGGGAGAAGAGACCAGCACUCACCUCAUUCCAGCCUCCUUUCAAGGAGUUGUAGACCAUGAUAAGGUCUCCCCUCAGCCUCCUUUUCUGCAGGCUGAACAACCCCAGGUCCCUCAGCUGUCUCCCUUCACCAUCUUUGUUGUCCUUCUCAACCAAAAUUCCCCGUCAGAUUCUGAGAGACCAAGGUUUCAUGGGAAAGGAAAUCUUUAUUGUAGAUAACUGUUUCACAGAAAGCAAGGGUAGGAAUAAUGAGUUCAUGUCCAUUCCCCAAGGCAAGCAGAUAACAGAUGGGAUCCCUCAUGGAUCUGGACUGGGUGAUCUGUUGUUCAACACACCGUUACAAAAUAUGACCAGGAAGUGAGCAGUAAGGUGACAUUUACAGGCAAAACUAUCCCACAUGGCCAUGACCAAAACUAGGGAAAGAUCUUGCAGCAUCAUGUGAUGAGGAGACACAGUGGCAGAUAUGGCUUAAUGUCAGUAAGAAACACAUCUGGGAAAAAUUAUGUUAAUCAUAGAAACACAGAACAGUUUGAGUUGGGAGGGACCUUAAAGCCCAUCCAGUUCCACUCCCCUGUCAUGGACAGGGACAACUCUCACUGGAUUAGGUUCAUCAAAGCCUCAUCCACCCUGGCUUUCAACGUCUCCAGGAAUAGGGCAUCCAAGACUUUGCAGGACAACCUGGGCCAGGGCCUCACCACCUUCACAGGAAAACAUUGUUUCCUAAGAUCUCAGCUCUAUCUCCCCUCUUGCAGCUGAAAACUGUUUCCGCUUUUACUGUCCCUGCACUCCCUGAUCAAGAGCCCCUCCUCAUCUUUCCUGGAGCCCCCUUCAGUACUGGGAGGCUGCUCUAAAGUCUUCCUGCAGCCUUGUCUUCUUCAAGGUGAACAACCCCAACUCUCUCAGCCUGUCCUUAUAAGGGAGGUGCUCCAGCCUCGGAUCAUCUUUGUGGUGUCCUCUGGACUUGCUCAAAGAGAUCCAUGUCUUUCCUGUGUUGAGAACUCCAGAACUGAAUGAAGUACUCUAGGUGGCGUGUCACCAGAACAGAGUAGAGGGGCAGAAUCCCCUUCCUACACCUGCUGGUCCCACUUGUUCUGAUGCAUCAUAUGUAUCAUACAUAAUCAUAGGUGUAGAGUGAGUUGUGGGCUCUGAAUCAACUAUUACCUCUCAGAAUAAAAAGAGAUUUUGGGGAUGGUUGUCAAUAGUUGUCCGAGAAGAUUGGCUUAGCACUCAGCAGUAGUCACAUCAAAUGUUGACAGCUCUUAGGAAAGAAAUGGGAACCAAAGAAGUAAACAUCAUUAGGCUGGUGCUUAAGUCUGUGUUGUGCCACAUUUUGAUGACUGAUGCCAAUCUGAUCACCCUGUCUCCGAAAGCAUAAGUAAAACUACUACAGCAAAGGGUUAUCAUGGUUAAUCAGAGGGAGAAGUCAACUUCUACAUAAGAGAAGAGCAGAACCCUGUGAAGGACAUGACCGGUGGGGCAGGGAGAACCUGAUAAAGCUCCUGAGUCAUGAAUACUGCUGGGACAACGAAGGAAUAAUUGGGCAGUAAACACCUCACACAAAAGCUGGAGACACCAAAGAAAUUCCCAGACAAACAAAAGCAAGGAAGUUUUUCACAUAACACCAUGAAGCUGCGGGGGCUGGAUGUGGUGGAGACCAAGUGAAUAAAAAGGGUUCAAAAUUGGACUAAAGGAAUUAAUGGAUUAGAUGCACAUUAGUGCUAUUAAACAUGAUAGGUGGAUGCCAUUUAGAUUAAAAGUGGACUAUUAACCACAGGAAAGCUUUCCACCCUUUCUGAAAUGAUCUCAGUGCGAGAUUUCAAAGGCUACUCUCUCAACACUCUCGCAACACUCACACUCAUCAUCAGUGCCACCGCACUUGCUCACAAAUAGAGAUGCCACAGGGCAUCAGUUCCAAAUCCAGCCAUGGACCAUCUCGUUGAGGGGUCAGGUACAGCAAUGUGUCCACAAGCUUUACAUACUUGUAUCAGUCACGUUAGACUUUAUCAGUAUUUAAAGAAACAAACUGCUGAGGUCUGGGUAAAAAUCUGGGAUAUCAUGCAGUGGGUCACAUGCGUACUGCUUUCACUGUGUUAUUAAACAUUCCGUGUAACACUACAUCCAUAACAAAUCUCUAAAUCUGGACCUUUUACAGGUACCAUUCUAGAAUCAUAGAAUCAUAGAAUCAUUAAGGUUGGAAAGACCUCCAAGCUUAUCCAGUCCAACUAUCAGACUAACCCUGCUGUGCCAACUAAACCGUGUCCCAUGGUGCCAUAUGCACACGGUUUUUGAACCCCUCCAGGGACGGGGACCCCACCACUGCCCUGGGCAGCCUCUGCCAGGGCUUCACCACUCUUUCAGUUAAGAAAUCGUUCCAAAUAUCCAAUCUAAACUGCCCCUGGUACAAUUUGAGGCCAUUUCCCCUCAUCCUACCCUUGUCACUUGAGAGAAGACACCAGCGCCCACCUGGCUCCAACCUCCUUUCAGGCAGUUGUAGACAGUGAUGAGAAGUCUCCCCUCAGCCUCCUUUUCUC